AAUACGGAUGGGAAAUUCAAAUGUUUAACAGUACAUAUUUCAAUACCAUUCAUAACGGAAAGAAAGUAAUACGAUCUUGAAAAAAAUAUGAAAUUAUUUCAAUUAAUUGUUGCAGUUGGCUGCAUUGUUGCUGGUGUAAUGGGUGCUCCUUAUAAUGUAAUAAAUGGCAACGGUAACAGAAGAAAUCACCAGUAUAAUGCGGGAUCCGGUUAUAAUAUUAUAAAAGGCAACGGUAACAGAAGAAAUCACCAGAAUAAUUUGGGAUAUGGUGAUCCAGGUUAUAAUAUAAUAAAUGGCAACGGUAACAGAAGAAAUCACCAGACUAAUAUGGAUUACGGUUAUAAUAUUAUAAAAGGCAACGGUAACAGAAGAAAUCAUCAGACUAAUUGGGAUUACGGCUCAAUUUAAUCAUCAGCCUGUUUGUAAGGUUUUUCCAAUACUUUCGUACAAUAUCAUUUGGAAAGGAAGGAGGACAAUGCUAAAGUGGGUUUUGAUGGAUUUAGAUUCCUUUCCAUAUAGAUUUAAUUCAAUACAAUUUGUUAAACAUAAUAAUAAAUAAAUGAAAAUUUAAUUCUAAAA